CGCUCCCGUGUUCCCUUAGCAACCAGUCCGCUGGUGCUAGUACAAGUCAGAGAGGCGAGGGCAAGGAUGUGUUUCCUCCGGAUGGAGACGCUGGCUAACUAUUGCUUUGGAACAUGUGGAACGAGGAAAACCUUUCCCGACUACAUUCCCUCAGACUUAAUGGGGAUCAAGUUUCUCCCGGGGAGGGGAGCUCCCCACAGAGGACCUGGCCUUUACAUGGCAGAAGAUAAAUAUAGCUUCGUGUACAACCUCUCUAAGAUCCCAACCAGUAAAAAAGGAUACGCUUUUGGAGCCAGAACAAGCCCGAGGUUUCAACCCAUCUACAAGGUUUCAUCGAUUUACCCAGGCAUGUACCAGAAGAUACAGGAUCCAGAAGAAAAACACAAGCAAUCUUUUGUUUCGUUUAACACCAUGGCGCCUCGGUUUAGGAGGAUGGAUUUAGGAGGGGACUUUCCUCCUGGCCCUGGCACAUACAAUGUAGAGAUGAAACCACCCAAAAAAGUUGCUUGGCCAAUGAAAUUUGGAUCUCCAGACUGGGCUCAGGUCCCGUGUCCACAGAAAAAAACCCUGAGAGCAGAGCUGACCACAGACAAAGACUUUAGAAAGCACCGGAACCGCGUGGCCUACCUAAGUUUGUAUUACAAUUGAGAGGUGGUGACUGCAUUCAUGGGCAUCCUUCUGGCCACGGAACUUCCAGGAUUGGGGACACUCACUUUUCUCUCGGUGUGCAUCACCAUGGCCCUAGUGUCUGCUAGCACAGGGUCUGGGAAGGGAGGGAUUUAUCUCUGCCGUGCAAGAGUAUUAAAGCCAGCUCAAGUUGUU